AUGGUUGUUUGUCUCUGUGUCGGCGCCUGUGAUGGACUGGCGACCCGUCCGGUGUUUACUCCGCCUCUCCCCAAUGUCAGACAAAGCUAUGACGGGCUGGAGAAGAAGCUAAAGGAAGUCUUCACUGAACGCAGCAGCAUCUUGCACCAGCUCUCCAAGACAUCAAAAGAGCUGGACAGCAUAAAAGGCAACCUCAAGUCGCUGAGAAAUGACGGGUCAGUGGCCAAGACGGACGUGCAGAGGAUCCUGGAGCUGAGCCACAAGCAGAGAGAGGAGAUGAAGUCCCUCCAGGCAGCCCUGCAGAAGCAGCUGGAUGAGGCAAAUGAGCGAGCGGAGAAGCAGCAGGCCACGAUUAAAUUACUCAAAGUGGAGAUGGAGAAAAAAACCAAAAUCAUCAAGGAUCUACAGCAAGAGAACAAGAGCCUGAAAAACAAACUCCUCUCGGGACACAAAAUUUGCGAUGCAUAUGCUGAAGAGUCCAAAAAGAUCCAGGCUCAACUGAAAGAACUGCGGUACGGGAAAAAGGAUUUAAUUUUUAAGGGGCAGCAGCUGAUGGACCUGGAGCACAAGUUAACCAUCGCCAAGGAGGAGCUGGAGAAGACGGCUCUGGAUAAGGAGUCCCAGCUGAAGGCGCUGAAGGACACAGUUCACAUCUGCUUCUCCGCCGUCCUGCACAACCAGCCCAGCGGCAGCCACAGAUUUCCCGCCGCCCCCACCCACUUGUUCAGAUACUCAUCGCUCAUCAACAGCUCCAGAGUCACCUUUCAGCAGCCGCACGCCAAGGACAUCUCCAGACUCCAGAGAAUCGUCAGCGACAGUAAAUCACCCGUGAACGUGGCAGUAACGAGGAGAGAGGGUGUCGGAGUGAAAGCGUGCCAGAUGGAAAAGACCGGAGGCGACUGCUUCCAGAACCAGACGGAGGAAUCGGCCCCGGACAGUAAAAAGCAACCAGAGGCCGAGCAGCAAAGGAGCCAAGCAGAGACUGGGAAAAUCAACACGAAGCUCUCAGACGCCAGCGAGGAGGCGGAGGGAGGCGGCGGCAGCAGAAAGACAAAGCCACAUAAAGACAACUGA